CCAGGGCCCUACCCACCUGUCUACUAGUACUCCGCGUCAUCAAGUGCCCCGUGUUAUAUCCAGUCAUGACUAUAUCGAAGACGGCUUCCAUCAAAGGGUUCCUGCAGAGCCUCAUGUGCAACGCAGUGUCUUCCCACCAAGCCUUGCCUGAUGACGGCGGCCCUCUUGCGAAAGCCUCCUCUUUUGAGUCCAGGGACGUCGCAGAAGACAGCCUGUCGGUCGCCUCAACCGCGUUCAUGCCUCUCGCGGGGCAACCUCACGUUCACUACAUCGAGGAGCGUUUCGAUUCAGUUACCAAGAAUUGGGAGAAACACCAGGGAUGUCCUGACAAACUCCCUGUGGAAGACAUCAUGCACAGUGGCUACGCGAAGACGAGCGACCCUAUUCAUGACGUCCCGAAGGGUACCUAUCUGACGCUGAUUAAGAGGCUUCCCGAUCCGAGCACUGGUGACAAGACACCGACGUACACUAUCAGUAUAAACCAUCCCUACCUGAAGACGGCCUGCCGCACUAUCAUGGGGCAUAUACCGUGGCUCAAAUGGGAUGAACUAUUUCCCGCUACCUUGUUUGUCCAGCUUCUCCCCAGAUUUCUCGAGCACGAGGCAUCUCUCCUCUCCCGUUCUCGCACGGAUGAGGAGGACCACGAGCUUGUAGCGCUCCAGGUGCUUGUGGACCUCGUCCGCAAGGAGUACUCCAAGACCCUCACGGCCAUCCGCACUCUUACAGACACCAGAAACAUCACCUUCGAGCUUCUUUGGACGAUCUUUGUGCCAAUGGAGAUUGCCAUCACCAAGUGUCCCUAUACCAGUGAACCUUACGCCGUCCGUAUCCGGACCAGUGACUAUUUGAAGACCGACAGCGCUGAGCGGUGCUAUCACCUGUCCUGCGAGUUUAUCGAGCUCCGAAGCCUUGACGACGGGCGAGAGAAUGAGGAUGGCAUGGGAGGAUUCCGUUCCAGAGAGUGGUACGGAUAUUCUCGCUGGGAUGAAUAUAUCGCGUCCACGACGUUCUUUGGGGACGGGGAGAAGAAGAUCACCGACUUGCCGAUCUACCCGCUUCGUUUCCACCCUGAUGCGGAAAACCUGAAGAAGACCCUUGUCGAGCGCGGACGAAAGUGGGCCUCGCUGUGCGGCGCGCACGGUUACAAGCAUGCGCACUACAAGGGUGUUGCUGUCGGUCACGAAACAAGUGCGCAGAGGCGAAACGUUCCUGGGACCUAUCGACUUGACUCGCGGGUGGUCAUCGACAAAGCGAGGUUUGCACGCACGCAACCUGCGCGCGACGUACCACACCCGGGUCGCUCGCUCGAUUCCUAUGCACCGAUUUAUCAGGAUGCAGAUGGCGACUACGAGAUGACUCAUAUGAUAGAAGAAAGGGAGCCCGUAACCGAGCUCCCACUUUCCGACGACGAGCUGCUCCUCACGCCAGCCAUCGUAUACGGCUUCAGCUUUGAGGAGAAGCGAUGGCUGUGCUUGGAUGUUCGCAAUUUUGCCGAGAUCGAGUGGGCUCAACGCGCACUUGACACUCUUCUCAUUCCCGGAAAGGAGCUGCUUCGUUCGCAUCUGGACAUCAAUCGUGAGAGCUCUCUUCGUGGCGAACGCAAGGGGCUUGUGUCUGUCCUCCAUGGCCCUUCCGGCGUAGGCAAGACGUUCUGUGUCAAGGCGGUCAGCGAGUACCUCCAGCGGCCGGUGUACCGAGUUGACAGCGCGGACCUCUUUACCUCCUGGGAUGAAUUCGGUGCUGUGGCUGACACGUUCAAUGAUGCGGCGCGCUGGAACGCGGUCCUGGUCAUCGAUGGAGCGGACUUCUCUCUGGUGCCGUUGAAGGGUGCCACACCCGACUUAUCCAUCGCAGUGGGGCAGCGGGACGCGGUAACCACCAUGAUCACGCGGAUGUUGGACAAGCACCGUGGCGUUGUCUUCUUCACGACCCGUAGUGCCCCCCUGUUCGACGAAGGCCUCCGCUCACGGAUCCGUCUCCCUCUUGCCUUCCCAGCACUGACGUCCGAAACUCGAGGCCGGAUCUGGCACGCUUGUCUCGAGAACCACGGUGUCUCCGGCAACGUCGCAGAGAGCCUUGUCGAGAAAUUGGCGUCGCGCAACGUGAAUGGCCACCAGAUCGAAAACAUCUGCGACACUGCGGUGGCGCUCGCACGGUUUCGUGAGGAGGCUGUUGGGUAUGAGCACUUUGACGAAUCCCUGAAACAGGUGGAGGCGUUCUCCGCCUUUUUGCAAAGUAAGUAGGAGUAUGAGUUUGUUCGGUCGCACGUUGGAGCGGUGAUGUCCCCGAAUGUCUGGUGUCCGUUGGGGCUUGGUGGUGAAGAAUCGCAAUCUGUUGCUUAUGCGUUUGAUGCCGGCGGAACUGUACUAUGACACUCUUUGUAUACAAC